AUGGCAGAUGAGGCCCUCUCUCGUGUAAUGGUCACUCUACAGCAGUAUGAACAUCAACGAGAGAAUGCCCAACUCAUCCUGCGACUCUUAACAACCAUGACAGAAACACUAGAGGCCACUACAAGUAGUAAUGAUCAUCUUAUUAUGGGAUCAACGGAAGCUGCAUCUAUACUUCCAUACUCCCAAACUACUACUACAAGUACUAAUACUACUAUUAUCAACACACAAACACAAACACUGUCACCUGGACUUGCGGAAGUAUUACACACAUUGGCCAAAUCACAAUAUACCAUUCAUGCCGCUCUUACACGUCUCUCUCUGCGUCUGCAGACAACAAACGGACGUGUGCAGCGUCUCUCAGCAGCGGUGUGUGAAGGACGACGAUGUGUGGAAAAACAUCAUGAGGCACAGAGACGUUCUAGUGCCCUACACGCCGUUGCGUUAGCGGUGCUAUCCACAAUUGUGCGUAUGGGUUGUCAUAAUAAUAAUAAUAAUAAUAAUAAUAAUAAUAAUAAUAAUAAUAAUGGCAGUUCAACAGAAAAAGAAGAAAAAGAGGAAAAGAUAUCUCUGCCGUCUGCGUGUAUGGCGCUGCGGGAGAUGUGGUCUGUUGGUGAAUCUCGAGUGGCCGCCGCUGUGCAGAAUAAUGCGGAUGCCCCGCAGCAGACAACAUGCCGAUUGCUGCGGUCUACACUCUUAACAACACUCGCGGCGCGGCGUUGGUUUCCAUCGCAGUCUGUUCAUCAACAACGGCGAAUUGUGCGGGAUUUGUGGUAUGAUGAGAUGCGUGCAGCAGCGGCGGCGCGGCGAGUGCGGUGGGAACGACACGAGAAAAUGGCAGGGUUUCUGAUGGACGAUGAAUGGCUCUAG